AUGGAGAUAAACGUGUGCGUGGGGAAGACCUGCCGCAAGGACGGCGGGCUGCAAACGCUGGACCACUUUCGCGGCCUGGCGCCGCCGCACGUGAAUGUGGACUCGUGUGGAUGCCUGGGGCGGUGCGGAGCAGGCCCCAAUCUGGUGCUGCUGCCGUCCGAGACGUUCAUCAGCCACUGCAGCACGGCGGCGCACGUGGCGCGGCUGCUGGAGAGGCAGUGCGCGGCGGGCAGCGCGGAGACGAAUCUGGCGGCUCUGGAGCUCAAGGGUCGCGGCAAUGCAGCUUUUGAGAAGGGGCGAGCGGACGAGGCUGAGAAGCUUUUCACCCAGGCCAUUGAGUUGUCGCCUGUUGGGGGGAUGCACAACCUGCUCUGCAACAGGGCUGCUGCAAGGGUGGCAUGUGGUAACCCUAUGGGAGCACUGGAAGACGCUGAAGCUGCUGCAGCACUCAAGCCUGGUUGGUCCUCGGCGGUGAUUCGCAGAGCAGAGGCGCUGGCAGCGCUGGGGCGGGUGAGGGAGGCGCUGGAGGCGUAUGAGAGGCUGGCCGACACAGACGCUGAGUUCAGACGCUCAAAACAGUUCCUGCUCUUUCAACCCUCUGCGUCCCGGUUUGUCACUGAUUCCGUGCAGAGGAAAGUGAAGGAGCUGGAGAAUUUGAUGCAGACAGCACCAUGA